GUUGCUCUGCUGGACUGAAACUGGAUAUUUAUCCUGCGAGGGUGAGACAAUGGAAGUUGGAAAAACACCGAUUUUAAGUUUAUAAACUCAGAAUCAACUCGGGAUUUGAUUUGUUUCAAGGGGGAGAUUGAAAACAGAGCAAAGAUUUGCGAGUUUUAACCGGAGCUGCGUUUAAUUUUUGUCGGUUUCGGGUUACUUACAGUCAAGGAUUUUUCAGUGCUUUGCUUUUUUUGAAGUUUCUAGGACUCCAGGAUGCCCCAGACGACGCCGUUCGCAGCCAAGUUUCCUCAGAAUCCGUAUGGAGGAGGUCAUACUCGCUACAAACCUGUGGAGGAGAGCUACAGCGGGCUGAGAUAUCACGACAACAGCCUCGUAUCCGGAUCACUCGAGGCUCUCAUACAGCACCUCGUCCCCACUGUGGACUACUCACCUGACAGGUCGUACAUCUUCACCUUCCUGCUGAGCUCGCGUCUCUUCCUGCAUCCGUUUGAGCUCAUGUCCAGAGUGUGUUACUUGUGUGUGGAGCACCACCGAGUCGGAGACCCUCAGAUUGAUAAGAAGCGAAUCCGUGACAUCGCGCCGAAGAUCGUGCAGCUUCUCACCGAGUGGACGGAGACGUUUCCGUACGACUUCCGGGACGAGCGCAUGAUGCGCAGCCUGAAGGAGAUGACGCACCGGCUGGCUUUCGGGGAUGAGUUGUCUCGGAGAGCGAUGCAGCGUCUGAUCCAGCGACUUCUGCGCAAACUCACCAUCCUGGGACAGUACGAGGAGUCUCUGGUGACGUCCAGCACGGCGGUCGCGGCGUCGGCGGUCGCGGCGUCGGUGUCGGCGGGGGAGAAACCGGCUGCUCUGAAGGCGAAGCAGCACGUGCGCAGGGAGGAGUGUAUUCUGAACGUGUGUGACGACCCGUUCAUCCUCGCUCAGCAGCUCACACACAUCGAGAUGGAGAGACUCAGUUACAUCGGCCCUGAGGAGUUCGUCCAGGCGUUUGUUCAGAAAAGACCUGCUGAUAAUCAUAAGAGUUUUUUCAGCAAGAGGAGAGUCAGUAAUCUGGAAGCCUACGUCGAGUGGUUUAAUCGGCUCAGUUACCUGGUGGCCACAGAAAUCUGCUUGCCAGUGAAGAAGAAGCACAGAGCUCGAGUGUUGGAGUUUUUCAUCGACGUGGCUCGGGAAUGCUUCAACAUCGGCAACUUUAACUCCUUAAUGGCUAUAAUCACUGGGAUGAACAUGAGUCCCGUGUCCAGGCUGAAGAAAACCUGGGGCAAAGUCAACACGGACAAGUUCGAGAUCCUGGAGCAUCAAAUGGAUCCGUCCAAUAACUUCUACAGCUACCGUACUGCACUGCGAGGAGCCACUCAGAGAUCAGCUACGGCUCACACCACCAGAGAAAAGAUCGUUAUUCCUUUCUUCAGCUUGUUCAUUAAGGACAUCUACUUCCUUAACGAGGGCUGCACCAGUCGCCUGCCCAAUGGACACAUCAACUUUGAGAAAUUUUGGGAGCUGGCCAAGCAAGUGAGUGAGUUUCUGGCGUGGAGGCAGGUGAUCUGUCCGUUUGAGAGAGACAGAAAAACUCUGCAGUACCUCAUCAGCGUGUCCGUCUUCACAGACGAUGAGCUGCAGUUGGCCUCUUACGAGAGUGAAGGACCAGAAAACAACCUGGAGAGAGAUACACGCCGCUCCCUCAGAUCGUCUCUCAGCAGGAUGUAGAUGCCGAUUUUUGGGAGCACUGGGAGAGUCGGUCCUGACUGAAAUGAAAUGAAGUGAAACACUGCACAAAGAGUUUUUGUUAGUAUGAAAAAUUUUCAUAUAAUAUUUUUCCCUAUAUUGAAUAAUGAGACUGGAUUCUCAUCACAGCAUCAUCUCCAUAUUAGAGAAACAUAAAUAUUCAUCUCAUCUCAUGUACCUCAUGUAAAGCAGUUGGUGUAAGCUUAGUGAAGUGUUAGAAGCGCUAUAAUCUGGAUGAAUGAAGAGCCCGUCGCUGGCUGACCUCUUCUGUUACACCGUGUAAGCUGUAAAAUAUAUUUCUAUGUUUGUGUGUAUGAUUUAUAUGUCAUUUAAAUGUUUUUGUAUGGAUUUGCUGGCCUUGUGUAUAUAAUCUGAACAUUGCCUUAUAAAGAAACUCUAAACAUAUAA